AUGGCAGCCGAUCUCUCAGAAAAGGUCGGGGCCGAGCCUCCUCGCUCGACCUCAAGCCAUGGCGGCUCAACAGCUGAGGAGUCCGACCCUACUAUCAUACACCCCGCAGUGCUUGAGAAGGCCGACUCCCAGGUUGUCCCCCAGAAGAAGGAAAAGGAUGCGGAUCCAUACAAGCAUCUACCCCCUUCAGAAGCCGAGAUUCUUAAGAAGCAGGUCUAUACUCCAGACGUCAAGGUCGGCAUAGCGACUCUCUAUCGAUAUGCGAGCCGUACCGAUCUCAGCCUCAUCGCCGUGGGCGCCGUCGCCUCCGUCGCAUCAGGCGCCGUGCUGCCCCUCAUGACUGUGAUUUUCGGUAACCUGCAGGGCACUUUUCAGGACUAUUUCCUCGGAAAGGGAUCUUAUAACGACUUCAUGGACACAAUGACACAUCUGGUGCUCUAUUUCGUGUACCUGGCCAUUGGAGAGUUUGUGACGUGCUACGUCGCGACUGUCAUAUUCAUCUACACCGGUGAGCAUAUUUCAGGCAAGAUCCGGGCAGAGUAUCUGGAGAGCUGCAUGAAGCAGAACAUUGGCUUCUUCGACAACCUCGGCUCCGGAGAGGUCGUCACCCGUAUCACCGCAGACACAAACCUCAUCCAGGAAGGUAUCUCGGAGAAGGUGUCAUUGACCCUCGCAGCCCUCGCCACUUUCGUCACCGCGUUCGUCAUUGGCUUCGUCGAAUACUGGAAAUUGACGCUCAUCCUCUCCUCGACGGUAUUUGCUUUGCUUUUCUGCAUGGGUGGAGGAUCCCAGUUCAUUGUCAAGUACAGCAAGCAGAACAUCAACGCCUACGCUCAGGGCGGUAGUGUCGCCGAGGAGGUCAUCAGCUCGGUCCGCAAUGCGGUCGCGUUCGGCACGCAAGACCGUCUCGCCAAGCAGUACGAUGUGCAUCUCACCAGGGCCGAGGGCUUCGGCUUCAAGGUCAAGGGCGCUAUUGGCGUCAUGGUCGCUGGCAUGAUGAUGAUCCUGUAUCUCAACUACGGCCUCACAUUCUGGCAGGGAACCAAGUUCCUCACGGAGGGUGUAAUUCCACUAUCAAAGGUCCUCAUCAUCGGCAUGGCUAUCAUGAUCGGUGCAUUCCAAUUGGGCAACGUCGCCCCGAACGUGCAGGCUUUCACCACCGCUUUGGGAGCUGCAGCCAAGAUUUACACGACCAUCGACCGAGAGUCCGCUCUUGACAGCUCUUCUACAAAAGGCAUCAAGCUCGAUAAAGUGGAGGGCCACAUUCGUCUCGAAAACGUCAAGCACAUCUACCCAUCCCGCCCAGAGGUGGUUGUCAUGGAAGAUGUCACUCUCGAUAUCCCAGCUGGCAAGACUACUGCUUUGGUGGGUGCAUCUGGCUCUGGCAAGAGCACCAUCGUCGGACUUGUCGAGCGUUUCUACCAGCCAGUUAGCGGUACGGUCUAUCUCGACGGCCACGACAUAUCCACUCUUAACCUACAAUGGCUCCGUCAGCACAUCUCUCUUGUUAGUCAAGAACCCACCCUUUUCGGAACCACAAUCUAUAACAACAUCCGUCACGGCCUGAUUGGAAGUAAAUGGGAGCAUGCCAGCGAUGAGGAGCAGAAGCAAUUAAUUGAGGAAGCCGCCAAGAAGGCCUAUGCCCACGACUUCGUUAGCGCGCUCCCCGAAGGUUACAACACCCAUGUCGGAGAGCGUGGUUUCCUCUUGUCUGGAGGUCAGAAACAGCGUAUCGCCAUUUCUCGUGCCAUCGUCAGCGACCCGAAGAUCCUUCUCCUCGACGAAGCCACUAGUGCACUGGACAGCCGUAGCGAGGGAGUGGUGCAGGCGGCUUUGGAACAGGCCUCUGAGGGUCGAACCACAAUCAGCAUUGCUCACAGACUCAGCACAAUCAAGGACGCUCACAACAUUGUGGUCAUGAGCCAAGGCCGGAUCGUGGAACAGGGAACGCACAACCAGCUUCUGGAGAAGCGUGGAGCAUACUACAACCUCGUCACAGCGCAAAACAUCGCAGCGGACAACGAGAUGACGGCCGAGGAAGAGGAAGCUAUCGACGAGGAGGAAGAGAAGCUUAUCCGCAAGAAGACUUCCAACAAGGAGACUAACGUAGAGGGCUUCGCUGAGGACCCCGAUGACAAUAUCCGGGACAGGCUUAAUCGCACAGAGACGACGAAGUCUCUCUCGAGCGUGGCGCUUCAGGGAAAGAAGGCUGAGGAUGAGAAACAAUACUCUCUGUGGACUCUCAUUAAGGUUAUCGCCAGCUUCAACAAGAACGAAUGGCCCUUGAUGCUCGUUGGAGUCUUCUUCUCCAUUAUCUGCGGUGGUUUGAAUCCUGUACAGGCGCUCUUCUUCGCAAAGAUCGUAACCGCGCUGAGUGUUCCCGUCACGGAGCUGACAAUCCCAAAGAUGAAGUCUGAUGCUUCCUUCUGGUGUCUCAUGUAUCUCAUGCUAGGUCUUGUUGCCAUGCUCGCCUUCUCUAUCCAGGGCGUCAUCUUCGCCAAGGCAUCAGAGCGUCUCGUCCACCGUGUUCGUGACCGAGCUUUCCGCACCAUGCUCCGACAGGACGUCGAGUUCUUCGACCGAGAUGAGAACACUGCCGGCGCCCUGACCUCGUUCCUCUCAACAGAAACCACACAUGUUGCUGGUCUGUCCGGUGUCACGCUGGGUACUAUUCUCAUGGUUGUGACCACGCUCAUUUCGGCGCUGGUCCUGGCCUUGGCUAUCGGGUGGAAGCUUGCUCUUGUUUGCAUCGCUACCGUUCCCAUCCUUCUUGGCUGCGGGUUUUUCCGAUUCUGGAUGCUGGCUCACUACCAGAGACGAGCUAAGCGGGCGUACAACGACUCUGCCAGCUACGCUUCUGAGGCUGUCACAGCUAUUCGCACUGUCGCUUCUUUGACUCGCGAGGCCGAUGUUCUAGCUCAGUACAGGGAAAGCCUUGCCAUUCAGGAACGUGCUAGUCUGAUUUCCGUGUUGAAAUCAAGUCUACUUUAUGCUGCUUCACAAUCGUUCAUGUUCCUGGCAUUCGCACUGGGCUUCUGGUACGGUGGAACUCUCAUCGCGAAAUAUGAGUAUGGCAUGUUCCAAUUCUUUGUCGUCUUCUCCUCCGUCAUCUUCGGUGCCCAGAGUGCCGGAUCAGUCUUCAGCUUCGCCCCAGACAUGGGCAAGGCCCAGCAGGCCGCCAGCGAGCUCAAGAAGCUGUUCGACCGCAAGCCCACCAUCGACACGUGGUCCAACGCCGGCGAGAAGCUCGAUUCCGUGCAGGGCACGAUCGAGUUCCGCGACAUCCACUUCCGCUACCCGACGCGGCCCGACGUGCCCGUGCUGCGCGGGCUGAACCUGACCGUCCACCCGGGGCAGUACAUUGCGCUGGUGGGGCCCUCGGGCUGCGGCAAGUCGACGACGAUCGCGCUGCUCGAGCGCUUCUACGACCCGCUGGCGGGGGGCAUCUUCAUCGACGGCAAGGAGAUCAGCUCGAUCAACGUCAACGACUACCGCAACUUCAUCGCGCUCGUGUCGCAGGAGCCGACGCUCUACGCCGGCACCAUCCGGGAGAACAUCCUGCUGGGCGCGACGGACGACGUCAGCGACGAGCAGAUCGAGUUUGCGUGCAAGGAGGCCAACAUCCACGACUUCAUCCUGUCGCUGCCGGAGGGCUUCAACACGGUUGUGGGCUCGAAGGGCACGCUGCUCUCGGGAGGUCAGAAGCAGAGAAUCGCCAUCGCGCGCGCCCUCAUCCGCGACCCCAAGGUGCUCCUCCUCGACGAGGCGACCUCGGCGCUCGACUCGGAGUCGGAGCACGUGGUGCAGCAGGCGCUGGACAAGGCGGCCAAGGGCCGGACGACGAUCGCCGUGGCGCACCGGCUGUCGACGAUCCAGAAGGCCGACAUCAUCUACGUCUUUGACCAGGGCCGCAUCGUCGAGCAGGGCACGCACGGCGAGCUGAUGCGCCGCAACGGGCGCUACGCGGAGCUGGUGAACCUGCAGUCGCUGGAGAAGAGGUAG